GUGUAACUCUCCUCUCCUCAAAAAACUUGUCGAACCGACCCUCCAUAAAUAAAUUCUAUAAUUUUUAUCAAGUUUAUAUUUGAAGGUACAAUUAAAAUAUGGCUUCUGUGAUGGAUGUUGACGAAGAGGAAGUAGAAAUGGCCUCUUCCAGCAGUGGUAAAGGUGAUAAAAAAAGAUUUGAAGUAAAAAAGUGGAAUGCUGUUGCACUUUGGGCUUGGGAUAUCGUCGUGGACAACUGUGCUAUUUGCCGCAAUCACAUAAUGGACCUGUGUAUUGAAUGCCAAGCCAACCAGGCAUCUGCAACUAGUGAAGAAUGUACAGUAGCCUGGGGAGUUUGUAAUCAUGCUUUCCACUUCCACUGCAUCUCACGCUGGCUCAAAACUCGACAAGUUUGUCCCCUGGAUAACAGAGAGUGGGAAUUCCAGAAGUAUGGACAUUGAAUCAUCAGUAUUGGUACACCAAGAAGCCAUCUUAUAAUAUUUAUGGGCUGAUUAAUGUCAACAUUACCUUUAUUAAAUAAUAAAUCCAACUCAUUUUGCUAAAAUGUUUGUUCUUAAUUCCACAUUUUUAUUUAAAAUUAUUGUAAAAAUUGUAAUAACCAUU